CGGCAACGUGCACUCGUUUUGCUAACGAUCCACUCUUUCCCAGUCACAUGACACGUUGAUGUGACGUGGAACGCCGGGUGGUCUAUUCUGCGACGGCUACGGCGCCAAACGGAAUUUUUUCUUUCCCACGGCUUGAAGCUGCACCGAUUUGCAACUCAGAGGCGUAUCUCAUUUCAAGAGUCGUGAGCGCAUGGCCUUUAUUGCGUUUCCUUAUCUUUGGUCCGCUAUCUGCCGGCGGGUUAGCUCUCCGAAACAGUCAGUGCACUUUUUACUUGGCAGAGUCAGGUUGUUCGCAGACUAGGAAGUACGCAAGCACGCAGGACAAAGUCGACCGUUACGGGCACGUGUUGGGACGUAUCUACAACCUCCUGACAAGACUCCGGACUUCCAACUCCGCGCGGUGGCGCGAACACUGCAGCGUACGUACGGAAUUCUCGCGACCCGAGGAGAAAGUCUCGGACUUCCCCCGUGCGUCAAGGAAAUAACACUUCCAGAAAACAAACUUGCCCUUGGGUGGGACGGGUACGAGACGAGAAGGCAGCACUUUGAGCGCGGCAACAGCUCGAAGAAAAGGACAGCGAAGCAGACGAGCUGUUGAGCUGCCAUGCCCGACGUAGAAGUCAUGACCAGCUCCAAAUGCAAGGAGAUGGUUGAAAACACCGUGGACCUCCACGCUGAAGAGUUGCACCAGUUGAGUCAGUUCUUGUGGAACAACCCGGAGGUUGCUUUUCAAGAGGUCAAAGCGCACAAUUAUAUCACCAAGUUUUUGGAGUCUGAAGGGUUUCGUGUGACGAUAAACUAUGGCUUGGCAACGGCGUUCAGAGCGGAGUACAAGGUUGGAGAUGGAGGACCUGUGAUCGUUCUCAUGUGCGAGUACGAUGCUCUGCCGAAAGUGGGUCACGCCUGUGGACACAAUCUUAUCGCUGAGACAGCUGUCGGAGCGGGCCUCGCGGUGAAGCGAGUGCUUCAAGAAGACCCUGCUUUGGCUGGAACGAUCGUUGUACUGGGGACUCCAGCGGAAGAAGGCGGACGCGGCAAAGAACUGCUCAUUCGUACGGGGGCUUUUCGAGACGUCGACUUGGCGCUUAUGGCUCAUCCAGAGGACCGCAGUGCACUCCGCGUGAAGCUGUCUGCAGCGAGCACGGUAUCAGUGAAGUUUCGAGGCAAGCCGGCUCACGCCGCACAGUCACCGUGGUGCGGCGUCAAUGCACUAGACGCUGCUGUGAGCGCGUACGUCAAUAUAUCUCUACUACGUCAGCAGCUGAAGCCGACCUGGAGAGUACAUGGUGUGUUCAUCAAGGCAGGAAGCACAGUGAACGUAAUUCCGGAAGAGAGCGAGUUGACGUACAGCAUCAGAACACAAACGAGCGGCGAAUUGGACGUGUUACGACAAAAGGUGGAGGCGUGCUUCAGGUCGGCAGCAGAAGCCACGGGAUGCACAGUCCACUUGGAGGGAGGAAUAGACUCGAAGCACGUGGUUCACAACGAGGUCGCCAUCCUUGCUUUCCAGAAGCACGCUGAAUCGUAUGGCUUCGAGUUCAUCGAUGGAAAAUCGCCAGUCGAAGUGACUUCUGGCGCAGCUACUGAUGCUGGGAAUGUAUCCCAGAUAGUCCCAUGCAUCCAUCCAGUAUAUCGGAUUGAGACACUGAACAAGAACCACACGGAAGAAUUUCAGAGGGCAGCGGGAACAACACAUUCGCACCUGGUUGCGCUUCGCAUAUCCAAGGCCCUUGCACUGACAGCCCUGGACUUCCUUAGGGACCCAGACCUCUUAGUGCGUGCAAAGCAGGAAUUCCAGAACACAUUCCCAAAAGGAAGCAAGGAUGAGGCUGUGGCCAAUGGAAUCUCUGUUGGAUCGCUAGUGGAAUCAUAAAUGCAUUCGCUACAUUA